ACAAAUACAUAUCGUUUCCAUUUAAUAUUUUCUCUUAUUGGUUCCUUCUCAAUGUUACGCCCCUUCUCUUUUAAAUCUUCUUAUUUUCUCCCCUAUCUAUAUCUACUAAAUAAAUGUAAUAUGUACUUCCUUCCCUCCUUUUUUAUUUUUCUUUUUUCUGUUAAAAUAUAAUUUUUUAUUCAAGAAAUAUUUUAGAGAAUGUGCCAUAUUUUUAAAUUAAAAAAUAUUUAAUUUAAAAAAUUAUUUAACUUCCAAUGGAUCCAGAAAAAUUUAAACAAUUUUUCACAACUUUAUUAAUUGCCAAACAACAACGAAUUAAAAAUGUUUGUGAAUCUGGGCAGGAAGAAAAUAAACAAGAAAUCUUAAACGAAGCUUCUUGUAGUGAACAAUUAAAAGAAGAUGAAACAACAAAAACAACAACAUUUACUCCCCCUCCCAAUCCUCAAUCUCCUCCUAGCUCAAAAGAAAUUGAAAACAAAAAUAUUUUCAAUUCAACAUCAACAUCUGUUGCUAUUAGCAAUGAUGGUAUUAAUGAAGAACAACCAUUAUUGCCCAUGUCGCAGCAAAAUUUGCCGGCGAGAGGGUAUACCUCAAUUAAAUUUGAAGAAGACAAUGAAAAUUUAAUAAAAGAAGAGGAGGUUAAUGUGCCGAAUAUUUUUUCUCCUCCAAAUGAAAAGGAAGAAGAAGAAUAUAAUGAAAAUAAUAAUAAAUCUGACUGUAAUACAGAAGAACAGACGGGGAAUGGGCAUGAAAAUAUUAAUGAUUUAAAUGGUGGAAAUGGAAAGGCAAAAUAUAGUUAUUCCUGUUCUCCAACUGUUAUUUGUGAAGAACAUCCACCACCACCACCAAUAACAUCUCAAACACCUACAAGUCCCUCAAAUAAUCAAAAAGAAAUUAAAGAUGAAAAACAAAUUAUUAAAGAUAAUGAAUCUAAUAAUAAUAAUAAUUUAAAUUCUGAAAAUAAUUUGUUAAUAAAAUCAGAAGAAACACAAAGAGCACAGGCUAUUUGUAUGCAAAGAAUGCUUUUUGCUAUGGCUUGUGCUCAACAACAACAAAUGCAGAGACCUUCACGUUCAUCAAUUAGUCCUUCUAAUGGAUGUGAAAAGUCUACAUCUAUACCAACAUCUAAUAAUCGUGAACAACAACUUCCACCUGGGACGAGUUCAAGUGGACUUUUCCCUUCUGGCCCAGUAUUUCCUCCUUUUCCAAUGGCUGCUGCAGCUGCGGCAGCUUUUUGUGGAAUUAAUUCAAAUACAAUUGAACAGAUUUUAAAAACCUUUGAACAAUUGGAAGAAGCAAAUGAAAUUGAGCAAUUGGGACGUUUUUUGUUUUCAUUACCUCCUCCACUUCAAAUAAAGAUUGGAAUGACUGAACCUGUAUUGAGAGCUAAAGCUUUGAUUUGUUAUCAUAGUGGUAACUUCAAAGAACUUUAUAAUAUAUUAGAAAAUCACAAAUUCUCUCCUAAUUCUCAUUCCAAAUUGCAACUUUUGUGGCAAGAAGCCCAUUACCAAGAAGCAGAAAAAAUUCGUGGAAGAGGACUUGGUCCAGUAGAUAAAUAUCGUGUAAGGAAAAAACAUCCUUGUCCACCAACAAUUUGGGAUGGAGAACAAAAGACUCAUUGCUUCAAAGAAAAAACAAGAACAAUUCUAAGAAAGUAUUAUUUACAAGAUUGUUACCCGAAUCCUGCAAAGAAAAAAAUUCUUGCCGAAGAAACGGGACUAAGUCCAACACAGGUUGGCAAUUGGUUUAAAAACAGACGUCAAAGAGAUCGAGCAGCUACUCAUAAACAUAAAAUGAGUGCAAAUAUGUUACCUGCCGGCCUUUCCCUAUCAGGAAAAUUAUCUUCAACAAAAAAAGCAUCAAAAAGUGGUUGUUCUUUUGAGGAUGAUGAACAAAAUAAUUUAACAAAAAAUUCAAUGGAUAUCGAUUCUAAUUCCGAAAAUUCUGAGAUAAUUUCUGAUGAAAAUUGUGGAGAUUCUUUAAUGUCGAGUUUGGAUGAAGAGAAUGAAUUAAAUGAAAGGGAGGAAGAAGGUGAUCAGAAAAAGGAAAAUCCUAUUAAAAAUGUUGGCUUUAAUGGAAUUGCUAAUUUACUCGGCCUUAUCCAUCAAAAUAAACAAGAACACCAACAACAGAAUAUUCCAGUAACCCCCUCCCCCUUUCCUCCUUUCCCUCCAAAUUUUUCUGCCAACGGAACAGCUUUGCAUCCAAUGCAAAUAUUGAUGCUUAUGCAAUCAGCUGCAACACAACAUGCUUUAUUCCAACAAAGACAACAACAAACACAACAAGUAUUGAGCCAAAAUGAGACUUCCUCUUCAACAUCAGAACAUUCUCCAACCUCCACCAAUUCUUCCCCAACCCAAAAAAUGAUAGAAAACAAUGGAAAUAAAUUAGGAAAGAAACCUCAUCAGAAAAAGAAAUCAGGAAAUGGACCAAAAACAAAACCUUUUAAAUUAUCUAUUGAUCAAAUUUUAGGCCAAAAGACUUCCGGAUUUUUAUAA